AUGGCGGAGAAGACGCAAAAAAGACGCCCAGACCCAGCGUCCGCUGAGGGCGGAGGCGGCAGGCCGGGUAGGGAGGCCGGGGGAAGGAGGCGGUGUCGGAGCCGGCAGGGAUUUUCCCGUCGCACCGCCCCUCGCCGUUCCUUCCCCGCAGCGCUCCUUCGCGGGACGGGAGUCCGGCCUUGUCUGCGAGUGGGGCCCGGCGUCGUCCGCCUCCCGCGCCCCGGGGGGACCCGCGCCGCCUCGGCCCUCAGCCUGGAGCUGCCUCCUCCGCCUCUGCCUGCGCCCAGUGUGAAGAUUGCUCCUGGAGCCGUUGUGUGUGUAGAAAGUGAAAUCAGGGGUGAUGUAACUAUAGGACCCAGGACAGUGAUCCACCCAAAAGCUCGAAUUAUUGCAGAAGCUGGGCCCAUAGUGAUUGGUGAAGGGAACCUAAUAGAAGAACAGGCGCUUAUCAUAAAUGCUCACCCUGAUAAUAUCACCCCUGAUACUGAAGAUCCAGAACCCAAACCCAUGAUCAUUGGCACCAAUAAUGUGUUUGAAGUUGGCUGUUAUUCCCAAGCCAUGAAAAUGGGAGAUAAUAAUGUUAUUGAAUCAAAAGCGUAUGUGGGCAGAAAUGUGAUCCUGACAAGCGGCUGCAUCGUUGGGGCAUGCUGCAACCUGAACACCUAUGAAGUCGUCCCUGAGAACACAGUCAUCUACGGCACAGACUGUCUUCGUCGAGUACAGUCUGAGCGACCACAGGUACUAGAGCCUCCCUUUUUAAAGAGUUCUUUCCGGGGCUGCUAAUUUCUCCAAAAUACC